AUGAGGUUAUUAGUGCUCAUAUGUUUGCUUUUUGGCGUUUUGGGUUCACUAGAAACCAAAAAUAAGUUAGUGGAAUGUGAAGUCUGCAGAGAAGUGUUCAGAGAAGCGCAAAAAUGGGCCUUAGAUCCGAAUAUUUGGGAGUAUCCAAUUGAUAUUGCAGUGGAAAUUUGCAAAAAAUUCGAAGGAUACACUAUUCCAGUUUGUCUUGGUGCAAUAAAAGAAAAUGUUCUGAUAGUUACAGGGAGCAUAGCAAGACAUUAUUUAGACCCAGAGUGGGCUUGCUCGAUGCUGGAAUUCUGUGACUCUCCUAAGUACGUUAAAGAAAACUUCACAGAAUGGCAAGACAACAUUUUGCAAUCGAAACCGUCAGCACCAGCACCAACUCCUUCUGGACAAGGGACAUAUAAAUUUGGACACAUCAGUGAUUUGCAUAUUGAUAUUUAUUAUCAAGAAGGAACAAAUAAUAACUGUGGACUUCCUGUCUGCUGUAGAUCAUGGAAUGGUCCAGGCAAUUCUGGCUAUUGGGGCGACUUACAGUGUGAUCUCCCAGUCAGAACACUUGAAGUUACACUUGACCAAAUGAGUCAGAUUGAUUUAGACUUUUUAAUAGUCACUGGAGACAUUCCUGCCCACGACGUUUGGAACCAAUCGUUAUCAUACAACCUAAACUAUCAGCAAGUUGUUGCCGAUUUAUUUGAAAAAUAUUUCCCAACGACCCCUAUUUAUUAUAUGUUCGGAAAUCAUGGACCUUUCCCAGUUAACAACUUAGACCCCAGAAAUUCGUCAGUGUUUAUAGAUCCUUUCACGCAAAUUUGGUCGAAUUGGCUAGAUGCUCAGGCAAUCGAAACUUUAAAAUCUACGUGGACUUAUUCAAUGGUUCACCCUGGAACUAACUUGAAAAUGGUCGCAAUCAAUACUCAAGCAUGCAAUAACGAUAACUUCUUUUUGUUAGAAAAUGCAACUGACCCUAUGGGGCAAAUUCAGUGGCUUGCAAAAGAGCUAGCAGCUGCUGAGCAAAGUGGACAAGUCGUGUACCUGUUUUCUCAUAUUCCAAUUGAGAGUGGAGAUUGCUUACUCCCCUCUGUGAGUAACAAAAAAUUUUGUUCACUUACGGAGGGGGGUUAAUUUUUGUUUUAUAAAUAUUAUAUAUAGUCAGUGUCACUAACUAUAUAUAAAUUUUAUAGAAAAAAUUUUUUUCGAAAUUUUAAAAAAAUCCUAAUUUGCAAAAAUUGGGAAGCAAAAUAUUAAUUUAAUUUAUAAAAUUUUAUUUUUUAAAGCGCAAUUUAUUUAAAAUUAAGCAAAAUUAGCUCGAAAUUAAUAAUACUAAUUAUCACUUAUAUAUCAAAACUUUCAUCAUAAAAAAUUUUUUCUAUUAAAAAAAUUUUUGUUUGCUCACGGAGGGUGGGUUUUUUGGGCAAAAAAUAGCGAUUUUUUUAAAUGAUUUUGUUCACUCACGGAGGGGGGGGAGUUAGAGAUGAUUGGGCAGCACAUGUCAAUGCAUUGGUUGAUAGAUACUCUAAUACUAUUGCUGGACAGUUUUAUGGGCAUACUCAUAAGGAUCAAUGGUCAAUCACCAGAGGGGUUAAAAGCUUAACUCCACUUAGUGUUCAAUGGGCAGCGCCAAGUGUGACCACUUAUCAAGGCAUGAAUCCAUCAUUUAGAGUUUAUGAAGCAGAUACAGUGACUAAGCUUGUUACUGAUAUUCAUCAAUAUAGACUCAAUCUUACAGCAGCCAAUGAAAACCCAUCAGUCACUCCGACAUUUGAGCUUGCUUAUUCAUUUUUGGACUACUAUGGACUUCCAGAUUUACAGCCUCAGACUUUGCUUGACUUCGCUAACACUUGGAUGGCCAAUGAGACCAGAUCUUUGCAGUAUCUAGAUGCAUACUAUGGAGUACCAGGAGCUCAGACAUCAUGUGAUCAAAAUUGUAGACUUGUGCUAGUUUGUGAUCGUAUUUGGGGAACUAAUGCUUUACAGAGCAUCUGCACUGGCACACCUGAAUAUGGCUUGAUCAAUGGGCUUUAUAUUGCACUCUUUGGACCAUGGGUUUAUAAACAAUAA